AUGGCUUUAUCCUUCCUACCACCGUAAGUAUUUCCUGGCAUCCUUCCUCUUCCAAGUAAUUCACUCCCGCCGUCCUUCAUACAUCUCCGAGCUCCUUCAAUUCAAACCCUCUUUCCCGGUCUUCAGGUUUAUAUAUAAUGGACAACCGAACCAUUGUUUUCGAUAAAUCUUUUAUUAUUCGAUCCUCAACCCUAUGGAACUCCAUCCCUCUCCACACCCGUCAAUCCAAAACUCUUCCUACCUUUAAAUCCCGACUGUUUAAUCAUUUCUUAUCCAUCCAGUCCUUAUAA